AUGGCUAUGGUAGCGAAACAAGCAUGGAAAAUUUUACAAAGUCCAGAUACAUUGGUGGCUAGACUUAUUAAAGCAAGGUGGAGUAUUGGUGGUGGUGACAAGAUACACGUCAUGUCGGAUCCUUGGUUACGUGGGAAUGGGGAACGCUGGAUUCCUUCGCCUCAACCUGAAGGAAUGUAUAACUUACUUGUUAGGGACCUGAUGAUAGAUAAUUAUAAAGCUUGGAAUGUGACUAAAAUUCGCAUGUUAUUCCCAGUCCAGGUGGUAGAGAGGAUUAUUGCGACACCUCUCAUUGGGUCGGUUUAUGUGGAUAAAAUGGUUUGGGAGGAGGAACGAAAUGGGUGUUACUCUGUUAAAUCCGGGUACAAGCUUGCUAUGAAGUGUAUUUUCCGUAAUGAUAAAUACCAUGUGAAAGGUAAUUGGAAAGAAAUAUGGAAAGCGCAUGCUCCACAUAAAGCGCGUCAUCUUCUUUGGCGGUUAUGUAGGGGAUGUAUUCCAACGAGGCGUCGGUUAUUAGAACGUCAUGUCGAUUGUGAUGUUCAUUGUCCAUUAUGUGAAGAUGAGGUGGAAGAUGAUGUACACGCUUUUUUCACCUGCGCCUCUGCUCAAUCUAGUUGGCAAGCAGCUGGAUUAUCAUCUGUCUUGGGUUCCGCAGCUUGUCAGCAAGGUAGUGCGGCGGAUAGAAUGUUUGCCUUGUGUCGGAAUGAGGAUUACGCUACUAUAGGUAGAGUGGCUAUGCUGUUAUGGAGUAUAUGGCAUAACCGGAAUGAUAAAAUUUGGAACGAUAAUGUUAGAAGCCCAAAUCAAGUUGGCCGGGCUGCGUUUGAUCAGUGGAACGAGUGGAUUGCCGUCCAUAAAUUGCGAAGUAACGAUGAUCAUGAUGUUCCGCUUGCCAGUACCAUUCGGUGGGAAAAGCCUCGUAUAGGAUGGUUAAAGUGCAAUGUAGAUGCAGCAUUUUUUGUCGGUGCAGGUAGGACCGCGAUGGGUGCUUGUUUUCGUAAUAAUUCUGGUGAGUUUAUGGCUGGAAUCACGCAGUGGCAGCAACUGACCUUAUCAACAGAGGAGGGUGAAGCAUGGGCACUAUUGCAAGCUAUGAAUGACGCUAAGAGUAGGGGUUUUGAAAGCGUCCAGUUUGAAAGUGACUCUCAAGUGUUGGUUGAUGCUAUUCGUACCAAAUGGUGA